GUUGCGCCGCUGGACGGAGGCGCCGCGGCUGCGGCUGCAGGCGGCGGCCUUGCUUGGCACCCGACACCCCUGCCAGCCGCGCGCCCGAGCUUUCGCGCGGCUGCAGUUGCGGGCCGCGCGCCUGGCAGCGCGCGUGCCACGCUUGCGGGCGGCGCGCCCGACGCGCGGGCGGAGCGAACAGUCGCGGGCGCCCCGCUGAUGGUUUUUAACGAGGCGGCGCAUACGGGCACCUUCGACCGCGUCGGCCGCGGUGCGAACCACCAGCGCAUGGUCAUGGUCAUGCUGCCAGAACCAGUGCCA